AUGACUGUUGUAUUCUCUCACUAUAACCGUUCAAAAGUAAAGAAACGAUCGUUUGAUACGAUGCAGCAUGUUAAGAUAACAAAAGGCGCUGUCAUGUCUCUGCUGCUGGUUCAUUACAACUUUUUUCUGCGCUCCCUGCUGAAAGAGGCAAACAUAGAAGCCAGAAACUGUCGUUCAAAGUUGACUAAAGGGGAGCAUAUCAGAGCAGUUGCCAAGAAAGUGCUACAAAAGUACAGGAGGUGA